AUGUCGGGACUCGAGGUCGCGGCCAUUUCACUCACCGUCGUCGAACAGAUCUUGAAGCUGGGAUUCUUAACGACCGAACUUGUCCGGACGGCGAAGGACUUUGACGAGGCACGACGCGCACUCCCGCGGCCAGCCGGCGCUGCAAACCAGUUACUGAGCACGCCGAUAUCUUCGCAGGACGACCAAGACACCCCCUUCAGUCGAUUCGAUGCCGAGAUCCAGUCCGAGAUCGUGGACAUGUUCGAGCAGCUCGAAGGAAUCAUGUCAAACGUCUAUCGCCUUGUGUGGGGGAGAUACGGAGACGCAGUGGAUACGGCUCCCUACCAACGCAACUCAGUCGAAUGGGGUAGCACACCGGACAACAGCCCGUCGCAGAGCUCGACAUUCUUGUCGGCCACUCUCGCAGGCAGACGGUCGUCACUAGUGCGAUCUCCAUCGAGCAGUACGUUAGCAAAAAUGCGGUGGGCGUGGAAAGACAAGAAAAAAGCGGAGCAGUUACUGGCCGACUUCAACGACAUGAACGCGGCCAUCUAUAACCAGAUAAAGCUUCUUCUACUUUCGUCAACGCUCGGUCGAGAUCUCGAAUACUGCCGAACACUCGAGAGAAGCGGGAAUGCCAAGGCAUUAGGUCUCGAUUCGGACGUGCGCUUGCGCAUCAUGGCCCUCGACGAGCAGUCGGCGGUGGAGCAAGCCAAGCUAGAGAUCGAGCCUUGGUCGAUCACUUUCGACAACGAUCUCGGAAGCUCGGCGUCGACUCGCUCUCGCGACACCGGCGUCUCCAUCUGCAAGCUCGGGACGGAGCAAGUCGCGCUCGAAUACAAAACCAUUCCGGUCGGCAAGGCAAUCCAGCAGACGGUGGUCGCUCGCGCGCGACAACUGGCCGCCCUGCUUAGCCAGGACAAGGACCCCAGUUUUCGCGUCCUACAGUGUUGCGGUUAUGCUCACCUUGCCAGCGAGAACCGGUUCGCGUUUCUGUUCAGGAUCCCGUCCGGCUACGAACCGCAGCCGAUUUCCUUGCUUGGGGAGCUAAAGAAUCGGAAGUCCAGGCCGUCUCUCGGGGAUAAAUUUCGACUUGCGGUGGUCCUCGCAUCCUCUAUGGCUCAGCUGCAUAUGGUUCAAUGGGUACACAAAUCCUUCCGCAGCGCAAAGAUCGUCUUCUUUCGCCCCAGCGACUCCCAACGGCGUGCCAUCGAAUUCGAUAAACCGUUCAUCUUCGGCUUCGAGUACAGCCGACCGGAAAACGAUUUCACCGCCGGCGUUCAAUCCGACGACAUCGAGAAUGAUAUCUACCGUCACCCCGACCGCCAAGGACAACCAUCGCGCCCCUUCUCCAAAAUACACGAUAUCUACGCGCUCGGCGUUGUGCUCCUAGAGAUCGGAUUGUGGCAGCCAGCCAUCGAACUCGAGCAAAAUCAGUUCUCGACCGCGACGGAUCCGCACGGAGUGCAGAAGCAGCUGCAGAAACACGCGGCGAGGAGAUUGAAGGACAAAGUGGGCGAGAAAUAUACUGCGAUCGUGCAGAGAUGUCUGUCGGGAGACUUCUCGGUCGAUCAUGACACGAAGGAUGAUCUGAAGUUGCAGAGAUUGUUCAGGGAGGAGGUUAUUUCGGUGCUGGAGAAGAUAACGAUGUAUAUAUGA